UGUUUCGGAGCUUUGUCUCGUCGAGCAACCCGCUGCGCCCGCAGGCUGCCCCGGCCGAGGGCAUCGAGAGCCAGUUCUCUUGUCCCAUCUGCCUGGAGGUCUACCGCAAAGCCGUCAGCAUCGCCAGCUGCGCGCACACGUAAAGUAGCCUCUUGUUGUCUGGAUGCGUGUUGUUGUUUGUUUGUGUGUCUUCCCGGAGCCGUGUCCCAUGUGACCGCAGCAAGCAGCACCUCCACGACGGAUCUGUGACCCACAGCCCCCCCAAUACCAUUACUAUUAAUAAUAUAUCUGUAUUCCAUUAGCUGAAGUCUUUUUUCGCUCCUCAGACUUUUACAUAAAAAACAUUUUCGUCCCUUAAAAGGGUGAAGGGGGAGCUUUAGUUUUGACUACAUUAGUAUAUGUACUACUUUAGUUUUUUUCAUUGUAGUGCAAGUUAAUUAAAUGUAUACAUCACAUCUAAAUACAGGUAAAAAAAAAAUAACCAAGUGCUUUAAAAUGGCAUUUGUAAAUAAAUGCAGGUUUUUAGUUAGCCGCGCUGGUUUAAUGGCUCACCGUGUGUCUUCUUUUAGAUCAGGGGUGUCAAACUCAUUUCAGGUUCGGGCCAGAUACUGCCCACUUCGAACGAACGCGGGCCACUGACGGUACGGGUGACGGGGGGAGGGAGGGGGGGUGUGGCGCUGCCGAUCCGACCAGCGAUCGGUACGGCCGACAGUUCACUGACUGGCGGUGACGGCCAACGCACUCCGGCGGCGGACCGCACUGGACGCCCCGGCGGGCCGUAUGUGGCCCGCGGGCCGAGAGUUUGACAUAUGUGCUUUAGAGGCGUAAUAUCAACUACCGUAUAUGACAGCAUUAAAAAGUACACCACAUACAAAUGUAUUUGUCAACAAUAACCAAAAUGGGACGAAACACAAAAUAUAUACAAGACAACAGAUGAAUGGUCCAAAUAAGGCGAGUAAAUGAAAAGGUGUCUUUAGUCUUGCUAACUGCUGUUAUUAGCGAGCUAACGCUAGCUGGAUCAGCUGGAUGAUGAGUAAACUACAGAAGAGCUGCUGGAGGCUCCUUACGUUCCUCACGUCAAAACGGGACAGCGUGGUGCUCCCGUGCCAUUUUACAUUGACUUUGCAUAUUUUGCAACUCAUUGAGUGACGUAAUAAUCGCGCGAAACAACGAAUCGGUAAUAAAACCUUUUAAUAAUCGUUUUUUAUCGAUUUUUCAUCGAUCUGUCCGUCUGUAGCGUCCUUUUACCAAUGCUUGUAAUGAACAUUUUUACUUUCAUAUCUUAAAACAGUAUAUGGCUUGAAAGGUAAAGCACAGAAAAGUAGUAGGAAAAUUCAACAAGCACUUUGGUCGGCUAAGAAGAGAGUUUCCAGUAGGUGGAGUGUAGGGCUGCACCGUAUGGCCAAAAAUCCAUAUCACGGUAUUAAGAAACAUUCUGACGGUAUCCUGGAAUAUCGCGGUAUUUCUUUUUCAAGUAAACACAUUAAUUCAUUGACCCCGAAAACGACCAGCUACCCAGCUGCUCUGCUGCUGGCCAACUUGCUCGCAAUUGGCCGUUAGCAUGUUAGCUUGUUGUGGCUGCAAACAGCCUACCUGAACAGCUGUGCCUCUCCUAGCAACUGGCCGGCGAGUGUUAGCGUGUUAGCUUGUUUUGGCUGCUAGUGUUGCUACCAGAGGCUCGACAGACAUUGCAGUAAAUCUAACGUAACUUGCGUCGGAUUUUCCAAAAACCAAAACCCCUUCAAACAGACACAGCUGUGUCGCUCUUUUCCGUUUUCGUGUAGCAACAGUUACUUCUUGUUGUGAGCUGUACCCAGCAUGCAGUUCGGCGGCAAUUUCUUUUUAUAAACGUACAAUUAUUAGAAUUAAAAGUGUAUGUGUCACGAGCUGGUGUUUUACCCUGUUAAAGAGAGUUUGUUGUGGGUUAUUCAUUGUUGUUAUAAAAUUAUAACCAUGACUCAAUCUCAAAAAAUUAAAAUUUGGGCUGCCGAAUAGCAACUUAGCCACACCGGUAUGAACGGUAUGUGAGAAUUUCAUACCGUAAGUAUACCUUUUGAACUGGUAUACAGUGCAGCCCUAGUGGACUGUUAUAACAUACUAUAUGAAGCCAACGAAAUUGAAAACACACGUCAUGACCCACCACCCUGAUCGUGUGACCUUCAUUCAAACCGCUUAUCCUUCGUCAAUCCCUGCUAGCUUCUUGCAAAAUACAGGGUACACCCUGGACUGGUUGUCAGCCAAUCGCAGGGCUCACACAGAGACAAACAAGCAUUCACACUCACAUCCACUCACCUACGGGAAAUUAAGAGUUACCAAUCAACCGAAUCCCCAGCGCAUGUCUUUGGGCUGUGGGAGGAAGCCCACACAGACACGGGGAGAACAUUGGGUGGAGUCUAACCCAGAACCUUCCUGGUGGGAGGCGACAGUGCUUCCAUACAACCAGAGGGGUCACCGCCUGCUGGACUUUAAACAUAAUGUUCUGUGCGGAGUGCUUGCAGCCAUGUCUCCAGGUGACCUCGCCCCUCUGCCCGCUCUGUCGCGUGCCCUUUGACCCCAAGAAGGUGGAGCGCUCCUCCAGCGUGGAGAAGCAGCUGGCCUCUCACAAAGCUCCCUGCAGAGGCUGUAACAAGAAGGUGGCCCUGGCAAAGAUGAGGUCCCACACUGCGUCCUGUUCGAAAGUACAGGAGCAGAUAGCUAAUUGUCCCAAGUUCGUCCCUGUGGUGCCCACUUCCCAACCGAUACCAAGCAAUAUUCCAAACCGCUCAACGUUUGUGUGUCCGUUCUGUGGGGCCAGACACCUGGACCAGCAGGAGCUGGUUAAGCACUGUAUGGACAGUCACCGCAACGACCCCAAUAAAGUGGUCUGUCCGGUGUGUUCUGCCAUGCCGUGGGGGGACCCCAGCUAUAAAAGCUCCAACUUCCUGCAGCAUCUGCUCCACAGACACAAGUUCUCUUACGACACUUUUGUUGUAAGUCCAGGGCUGAUGUCGUGUCUCAGCACAGCAACACAGUGUUGGUUUCAUGAUUAUGACACAUGCAGCCAGUGCACACCAAGUCAAAUAUGUCCUUUGUGAAAUAUCUUAUAUUGUAACAGCAUCCAGUAAUAUUAAUCACUCCGUAUGGUACACCCAACGUCCUUUUGCUUGCAUUAGUUCAUUUCUCUGAGUUGAUGGUUUCAAUUUGAAUGUGGCUCACCCUUAUUUGACGUGAGAUGAAUUAUACUUGUUCUCAAAGGCCACUUCCCACCUGAAAUACCUGGUGUGUGUUUUACGUGAAUGGCAUUGUGGCUGCGUUGCGUCUGUGCUUUCCUCUCAGGACUACAGCAUCGAUGAAGAAGCGGCGCUGCAGGCGGCUCUGUCACUGUCGCUGGCUGAAAACUGACCCUAAUCGCACCAUGAGACCAGCUCUACCACGCCACCCCCCCCCCCCCCCCCCUUCCCUGCACUGCUCCUCGCACUCCAGACGGCAUCCUCCAGCCAACAGAAGCCAGGUUCACGUAGCGAUUCAGCAGGUCUGGAAUUGAGGAGUUCAUCCUGGUGCCCAGCUGUGCUAGAAGGUCGAGGUGACUUGUUGACUGGUGUGAGGAAUCGUAAAAGCAAAGAGGCUUAAACUGCACCUACAUGAGCUGACUGCUAAGACCUCAUACAAGGUGAACCAUGGUCACACGGUAGGACAUCAGGUACGCAGGCAUGGAGGAUCCGGCUGUGGUGUCAGCCAAUCCCUGAGCUGAACAUAUUGAUGACAUGUGGAGGUGUGGAUGGACGAAGAAGGACGUGUAAAAAACAUGGAGGACUUCAAUUCACUUCAAUUCCAGUCAAUGGGCGAGAGAUUUCCACAUCUCCCCCCCCCCCCCCCAGCUGUUAAGCCCCAGGUUUGGUAUUCUGAUGGAACUGUGAUUUAUAAAAUAAACAGCAGUUUGCGUGUGUUAACCCUUUGAUGAUAUAAAUAAUAAACAAUGUUAGCGAGCCAUGCUAACGUUGGUUGAAAAGUAAUAUUGAUGUUAACAUUCAGGAUUUUGCCUUUGUUUUUUGUGCUAACAUUACAUAGGUAGCUAAACAUAAAAGUUUUACAAGUUUUUAAACAUUUUGCUGUUAAAGGAUGUUACCUUUCUUUAUAAGUGUGUGUGUGUGGCACGAUAUAAUAAAUACACAAUAAUAAAACAAUACACUGCGCCAUAUAGCAGCAUGUUAACAUUUAUUGAUAAACAUGCAAGACACGGUUGGAUGGAGACGGGUCCCAGAGAGCUGGUCCUGGUCCGUGCUACAUUCAGAGACAUUCUGGACAGGAUGCAGCGACUCACUGUUGUCACGGAAAGAAUAUAUGGCACUAUAUAGUACUACUGAAGUCAUGGAGUAUAAAUAUUAUUUACCAUUUAGCACCGUUCAGUUACUAAACCCUACAGUAUGAAUGGAAACCUAUGUUAUGCAGAAUUUUGAAUUCCUAUUUUUAUUAUUAUUCUUGCUUUGUGUUAUUGUUCAUCUGUAUUCACACAAGAAUGGAAUCGGUUAAAUAAAGCACUUAAACCACA